AUGUUGUCGCAGCCCAUUCUUAGGGGUCAAAUUGGCAAAUGGGUCUUGGCUCUUUCAAAAUUUUCUUUACAAUAUGUCCCUCAAAAGGCUGUUGAGGGUCAAGCCAUUGCGGAUUUUCUAGUGCAUCAUCCCAUGCUAGACGCUCCAGAGCUUCGCGAGCUAGAGGUCGCGACAAAUUUAUGGGGAAAGGCAUGUCAUAUACAUUGCUCUGAACCUUUCACCGAUGGCCAGGCAGCGGUCAUGUUACAGCCGUGGGUAUUGUACUUUGAUGGUUCCCGAACAGAUACCAUGGCCGGAGUAGGAAUCGCACUGAAGAAUCUGGCUGGAGAUCACUUUUCGUACUCAUUCCAGUUGGAGUUUCAAUGUACCAACAACCAGGCUGAAUAUGAGGCCUUAAUCAUAGGCCUAGAAGUACUGCUGGAAAUAGGAGUCAGAGACAUACAAAUACUUGGAGAUUCUCUCCUGGUCAUCAAUCAGCUAAGCGAAAAGUUCAGGUGCGUUAGCUUUGCGCUGGUCCCUUAUUUAAACAGGACACUAGAACUGUUGGACCAGUUUGAUGACGUGGAUCUUGAGCAUAUUCCUCGCGAACGAAAUUUCACCGCGAACGAGUUGGCCCAGCUGGCAAUAGGGGUAACGCUGAGAUAUGGCGUGCGCGAGAGAAUCUUGAAAGUAGAGCGUCGAACGCUUCCUUCUUGGAUGGCGAGAAAAGAUCCUCCAGACAACACGUCAGUAGCGACUUUGGAGCCCAUUAAUGUGGAUUGGCGCAUCCCUUUGAUCAAUUAUAUCAAACAUCCUGAUCAGACUGUGGAUAGAAGAAUUCGCUACCUUGACCUCAACUAUUUCCUCAUAAAUAAUGAGCUACAUAGAAGAGGAGAAGAUGGCAUAGGUGUGUUUAUGGCAGCGAGGUGA